CUAAGUGCAGAGAGAUGCUCACGGACGGCUGCACCGACGCGGACCCCUCCAGAAGUGCCCCAAUCAGUACUGACCCGUGAAACGCAAGGACCAGAUCAAAGGGAGGAACAAGAUGGCUUGGCGGGCCAACAACAGCCCCAUGAAAUCGACAAGCAGAAUGGUAUUGAAUGGACGUUACCCCCCACCCCUGCGCCCAGUCGACCACUACUUGUCCUACCUACCUGCAUUGCAGCCCGUGUCACCUCUGAAACUGUCUUUAUCGACGUUGGCAUUGUGCGAGUCGGCACAAGAAUCACGAUUAUCUAGAGUGAUAUAUGGUGCUCUCAGAGCUCAAGGGCCAGGACAGAAACCUACUUGUGUUGAGGACCGUGACUGGACGCAUUUCCAGGAUCCCUUUAUCGACCCUGCUUCCAUUCCAAGAACCAUAUCGUUCUUACCUACCAGCGAAAUGGCUCUCCGCGUCUCAUCACGCCCUGAUAUUGCCAUUGCGUCUCCGUCAAUUUCUGAGGUCCUGUCCAGACAGUCCUCGCCCAGCUCACAGCCGCUAAAUCAACUACAGGCACCACAUGACGAGUCGCCCGCGUUUGACGGGCUUUUUGAAUCUGGCAGAACGUCUCCUUCUCAGAAACAGGCUCUAAUUACCGAUUUCUUCCCUCCGGCAGUCCGAACAGGUGCAGUUUCAUCCGCCAAGCUUUCGUGUCACGUUCAGUAUGGAGAAGCGCCGCCAUCGUCGAUGAUCAUCCGAGAUUUGCACAGGCGGAUUGACCAGUUCCCCGCGCUGAAAUCGCUCUCCGACACAGACUGUCCUGGCGGAACAAGUCAGGCCAAUACCAGGCCAGGCGCCCCUAUUCGACUCGACCCCGAGUCGAAGACAAUGACGACACCUGCCGAUUUGUCACAGAGUCCUCGUUCGAGUCCGUUAGUUUCCUUUGACGAAACGAAAGGCGAAGUUCCUCUUCAACCCGAGUAUGGACCUGGUCCAACGAUACGCACUGAGUCUAGGACACAAUUUACCGAGCUCCCGAUCGGAUCGAACAUAACGGUCCAAUUGCCCGGUUCUGCAGAAUUAUCAAAUUCACAUCGGAACGGCAGCCCGCGGCGGCCUUCUCGUAUUCCUACUCGACGCACUCCGACUCCAGCUUCUCGUCGUCCUGUGACUGACCAUGGCCCGCCGCGGCUGAUGAGAAGCUGUCCUGACGGUGAACUUGGCAAUGCGACCCCCACAUCCUCGCCCUACCGUUCAGGCCCCAGAAGAGAGGUAGUAUUACGGCAUAGAAGCCGACAAGAACUCCGAGAAGUUACCCCAAUGUCCCCGAGCCUUCCAUCCUCUUUACAGUCGCUUCGAAUCUCGCCUGGCAACGAGCAAGGUGGCGGGGCAAUGGCAAUGGCCUCAGAGACCCCCCAUCAAUCCCCGGCCAUCUUAUCUGAGGAUGAGCUCAUCGAUGCGGAGCCUGUUCGUGCCGAUUUCUCAGUCCGAUCGGAUGGGGUUGCAGCCUCCCCGUUGGCAGCUCGACUUGCAACGAAACAAUCCACAUCUCAAGUUCUGUUCGAUCAACCGAUAGGGGGUACGCCGGACGGGGUCCAGAGGGUCGAUAUGUUGCAUUCAGAAGUGUCAUCUCGAUGCGAAAUGGAUUCCGUAGAAAGGGGCACCGAGCGCCAAGUCAGAAGGGAUGUCAGCCCUCUCCCAUAUGUUAGGUCUUUCUCCGCCGCCACCACGCCAUUGCCGUCAGUUUUGUCGGGUGGGCACGGAGCUCUGAAGCACGAACGAGGUAAACAACACAUUCUUGACGAUUUGAAACAAUCACACUCGGUGUUGGCCUCUACACGCGAGAAUCAAGCCACGCCGAGGGCCUUGCGCGGGGGAGGAAUACUCGACUCUGAACAGGAGCCGAGAAAAGGAAACUCGGAUGAGAGAAUGGCCAGGACGACCCAAUCGAAUCGUAUCCCUUCCCACAUGUCGGAAGACGGCCUGACAGAGGUUGGGAACCUGCGAGAAGAAGUGCCCAGGGAAACAAGGCACGAGCAGCCGCAACGCUCCAACACAGCGUCACGUCGAUUCCUUGGGAUGUUCGGAAGGGAAUGAGGGUUGCCGAUGUGGAUAACGAAGGAGCGGGAAGAAAGUGAGGAGGUUGGUUCUUUCGUUUAUAGCAUGGCCUGUCUUCCCACUCGGGAGAUGGACGUUGUAUGUAGUUUGGCAGAUGAUGAAUGAUCCUCCCACCAUGGUUGUUUGCCCUGACUGAUACUCUAGAAUAACCUAUAAUGAUACUUACUACUUUGUACAUUAUUAUACUUCCGC